AUGUCAGAACUAUUAUUCAAAAAUUUUGCCAAUAAUAGCCUGGAUGAUUCAAUACAAGCAGCAAAUAGAGAAGUAGAAUUUUAUAUUAAUCGUCAACAAACAUCAUUAAAUAGAAAUAUUGAUCCAUAUAAAUGGUGGCAAGGUUCAAAACAAAUGCUUCCUGG